UGGUUGAAACAUUUCAGAGGAGUGACUUAGGUGAAUUUGGCAUUAGUUACAAGGUUGCUUAUACACCUGAUGGAAAAUGGUGAGCUGCAACGUAAUUGCUUCCAAGUGAAUGGUAGUAAUGAAAACCCUGUGACCAUUCAGAGUAUACUUCCAGAUUUAACUGGCUUUAAAUAUGUCAAGGAUGAUUCUUGUUAUGCAGAGAAUGCACUAUUUGUGAAGAAAAAGGAAAAUUUAGUAUGUGAGCUGUGGAUGUUAGAAAAUUCGUAUGAAGAUAAAGUAAAUAAAUAUAGCAUGUACAUUGAAAAAUCAACUGGAGCUCCAGUUCACUACAUUAUGAAGGGUUACAAUAGUUUGCUAGGUUCUCAUUAUGACAAAUAUGAAUUGUAUUACAUGGAAUAUGCUGUAGGAAACACAACAGAUGCAGACUUUGAAGUGCACACAGGUUUGCAGUGCACCAAUUUUCCUGGUCCUGGUGUAGAAGUUAUGGUUGUGAAUAAUCCCAUGCGAGAGUUUGUCAGUAACGAAGACCGACACAUCCAUGAAACAUUUGAAGAAUUUAAAAAUAAACAUGGGAAAUCAUACUCGGAUCCUCAAGAACAUGAAAGUCGGAAAAAUAUUUAUCGACAAAAUUAUAGAUAUGUACAGAGCAUGAAUCGGGCAGGCUUGUCUUACAGUCUUAAAAUAAACCAUUUGGCAGAUUUUACAGAUUUCGAAUUGCACAGACUUCGUGGACGUUUGCCAUCAAAAGGAUAUAAUGGUGGACUACCUUUCCCAACAGAAGAAUUUUCUGAUGCAAUUCCUGAAUUCUUAGACUGGAGAUUAUAUGGUACUGAUAAUUCUAUUUUCAACUUUUACAUAUCAUGUCCUUUUUUCAUAUAUAUAAUGUUUUUAAGUAUUUUUGUGAACUAAAGUAUA